AGAGAGAUAGAGAUAGAGAAGGGAUAGACAUAGAAAAGACAUGUCUAAAACGAAUUCUAUAAGCAUAUUUCCAAGUUCAUUCGGAUGAACUCGGUAAAGAGAUAUCAACAACUAUUCGAUCUAAAAACAUCGCGCUUUUCGGUGUUUUUUUGUUGAAAGCCCUGGCGCACAGCUGUUUAAUGUCAUAAUAAAUGGACUUGGUAUUUUUUCUUGUUUUGUUUACUUUUAUUAUUCUUCCUUCAUUCGUGUGUUGAUUCGUGACCACGAGUGGAGUGGCUAGAAAAAACGUUUUUGGCUAGAAAACACAAGUUUAGUGAUUUAUUGAACUAAAUUUUUCUCGUCUUUGUGUAGUGUUGACUAUUAGCAGAGCCUAUACUAACUAAAAAAUAAGUGUUCAUGGAUCCUAUAUUUAGAUAUUUUGUGGACGAGGCAGAGGAAGAAGAGCGGCAGGCACAGUUGAGACUUCAAAGGAUAGUCUUGAGGGAUGAAUCCAAUCCUUUUGACAUGGCGGAAACAGAGUUUCGAAAAUGUUUCCGGCUUAGCAGGAAUCUUGCCCGGCAGCUAAUUAUAGACCUUACUCCACACAUGGCUGUUGGGAUUAGAGCAAGAAAAAUUCCCACUGAAAUUAGAAUUUUGGGUGCUUUAAGGUUCUUCGCACAAGGCUCCUAUCAAAAGACCAUCGGAGAUGAUUUUAGUACCUGUAUGGCCCAGCCCACAUUUAGUCGGGCAUUAAGUGAAGUAUGUUCAGCUUUGGAGGCCAUUGCCCCUCAGUGGAUUAAAUUUCCUAUAUCUGAAGCUGAAAAACAGGCAAAGAAGGAAGAAUUUAUGGCACAGUUUCAAUUUCCAGGGGUGAUAGGGUGUAUUGAUGGUACCCAUGUAGCCAUUGUAUCUCCCAAAAUUGAUGAACAUUUGUAUUUUAAUCGGAAGAGAUAUCACUCAAAAAAUGUGCAGAUCAUAUGUGACGCAAAUUUGAUAAUCCUAAACGUUAAGGCCAAUUAUGGAGGUGCGACACAUGACUCAUUUAUAUGGCGAAAUUCCAAUGUAAGAACACAUAUGGAGCAAUACUACCAGCGUAACCACAACGGUUGGCUGCUUGGUGACAGUGGCUAUCCUCAAGAGCCAUGGUUGAUGACUCCAAUAAGAGAUAUGCCUAGAGAAAGUCCUGAAGGCAGAUACACAGCAGCGUUAGCAAGAACCAGGAACUGUGUGGAAAGAUGUAUAGGGGUAUUGAAAAACCGAUUUCGCUGCCUACUGAAGGCAAGAGUUCUACAUUAUGAACCUUUCAAAGCAGGGCAAAUAGUUAAUGCUGUAUGUGUGCUACACAAUAUGUGUAUAAUGGCCAAUCUAGAUCUAGAGGAUGAGGAUGCCAUGGCUGGUGAAGAUGUGGAUGACCCUGUUAACGAAGAGUUGUUUCCGAGAAAUAUAGUAGCAGAGGGACAACAAAGAAGAAAUCAUUUAAUUCAGAUGUAUUUUCAAAAUCAUUAAAAGAAGUUAAAUCA